AUGGAAUCGACUCUUACUCUUGUACGAGGAAUCAAUGAUCAGCCUGCUUUUGAAAUCAGUUGCUCUGCUGUGUCCAAUCCACCGGUUCACAGCGGCGACGUGAUGGCUGAGCCCCUUCUGGGCGUGGAGCCGUGGAUGCAAGAGAUGCUGAACGAUCAUAUCUUUUCCCCUUCGGAGCUUUGCUUGGACCACAUCCACAACCCUUGCGCGGCUGCUGAUUCCGGCCUUGCCUCGCCAGCCAUAACAAUGGACGAGUCAUGGAUCAACUCAAACACUUGGCAGGCCCAUGGUGACUUUGAAUUCGCUCAAGGGAAGGCCGUUGAUCCUCUUAUCUCAGACUUGCCUCCUAGCAUUACCACUGAUCUAUCAUUCCUCUCCGACAACACUUUGGGUAAUAUACCAGCUUUCGAUGCGAUUUUUGCUGAGAAAGAACCCGAUUUUCUAUCCACCACUCUUCCCUACUCCGAUAUUCAGGCCGAUCAUUCUAAUUCCGCGUUCAAUCAUGUUGCGACAGCUUUUCGCGAAUUGGCGCGUGCUCGAGCUGCCGCCGAUUCCCGACCUGUGCCUCAGCAACAAAAACAAAGAGAUGCCUCAAUUGCUUUGUAUCUCGAACGUCUACGAGAUGCAUGUAAUGAUGCCGUUGCCGUAAUAAACUCGUCUUCGUCAUCUAACCGUUCGGACAACGAAUCUAGUUUCAGCUCUCCUAGCCUCGGCUCCCCCCACAACUCGUUCCAUAACGACCAAAUUUCAACACCGUGGGAACCAAAUUCCGCUAGCCAAGGUGCUUCAUCCACUCUGUUUGAUCAAUUUAUAGUCAAUGAAGCAAACUCGCAGCAAUCUUCUCCUGGGACAUUGGCUACUUCUUACCGGGCUUCUGUUUCCACUCCAGCUUCGGAGGCCUCAUCGAGACAACAGACAGUAAGUCAUACGCCAGUCACCGGCGGAGUAGAGCUGGUGAUGGAUCUGAAUAUGAAUACUGCUACUACCUUGCCUCGACGCCACCGACCUCGGACCCAAGCACAACGCGAGCGAUAUCUGGCCGUACGCAACCGUGGGGCUUGCGAGAAGCACAAAAAACAACACAAAAGAUGUACCUGCGUGGACAAGGACAUCUCUUUGGACAAACGCACCAAGCGGGCUACGUCGAACCGUCCUGGAUAUGAAUCCAAUCCCGUCCUUUUGGCUACUCGCUCUCCGGUUCCAAUGACACUACCAACCGUCCGCGGACCGAACCGAAACGCAGAAUGUGGCUCACAGGCCAAGACUCACCAAUACACGACCCCAGAGACCGAGGGCCUACACUCGCGUUUCGUCAAGAAUGCCGGCAUCUGCACCCCCACGCACUCUCCCCAACAACAUGCUAGCGUACAGGAGACACACAGGGAUACGCUUCAAACACUAGAUAGUACUAAGAAGCGCGGCUCCGCGCGCAACCUUGACCCCGGAUCGGAAAGAACAAAGGGUUGUAGUUCCUUCCGUCGUCGCAUUUCGGAUCACCAUGCUCAAUCCGGAGAUGCCACACCCUCCGCUCUACUAUCCGCAAGCUCUCCUGAAACGACCAGUUCCGUUGGCCGGGUCGCCAAUUUGAGAGUGGUUACACCCAUGACAACCAACGCGAAGACAUCAAGAGCAUAUCUUCGCGCCACCUCUAUCAUUCGCCGCCCAACUGAGGGCGAGAGGAUUAUGAAGACCGCUGCCUCUUGGCUAAGACAUAAGCCUGCUGAGCGCGGAUGCGCAUCGAGACGGUUCAUUCAUGAACCGAGAACCCCAGGCCUUCGCUCACCAAAUGGUGGCCAUAAUAUUGGCAAAAUUCGCCAAUUGCCGAUUCAACCGUCUUACCUCACCCUCGGUUGCCAAGACCUCGUUCAAUCAUCGCCUAACAUUAUAGGCGAAUCACCCUCACACACCAAACUUCUUCAUUUCUGCAUCCACCACAUCAGCAAUAUGGUACACCGCGCUACUUGGCUAAUUUCAUCGAUUUACCGCACAACAUUUUUCUGCCGUGCUGCUUGCAAUCGUUUGGACCUGAUUUGUUUACACAACAGCGGAACGCUGAAUAAGUCCAGAGAACAUUGUUGGUGGAACUUGUAUAGGACGUGGCUACCGCUGUGGGGACUUGCUCUACUAUGCGAAUGGCUUUGGGUGCAAUUAAUGAACCCGAAGAGUUACUAUCUAUGA